ACCCUUCCACUUCCCGACCAAAAACAUGGCAACGGAAGUGGACUUAAAAGUUCUGAAGAUUGAGUUGAAGGUGUCUGCUAACUGCUGUGAAGGAUGUGAGAAGAAAGUUAAGAAGGCGUUAAAGGGUAUAGAAGGGAUCUUGAAGACGGAUAUAGACCCUUGGCGGCCCAAAGUGACAGUUUUAGGGAAUGUGGAUCCACAGAUAUUAAUUAAAAGGCUGUUAAAAGUUGGAAAGCAUGCAGAACUUGACGGCUUUGAGGAACUCAAAGCCAGUAAGAAAGAAGCAGAAACAAUUGCAGUAGCAAGAGGAAAGGAAAAGGAGAAGCAUCCUGAUGAAUAUGAGCAUAAAACUCAGAAGGAUGAGGACAUUAGAGGAGGUGGGGCUAUAGAAGCAAGAAUAAAUAUAAUAACAAUGACUCUUGCAAGACUCCAAAUGCUUCUAAUCCUCCUCUGGAUUUGAAGAAGGGAAACACUCUGACGGUUCAACAAGGGGUGGAUCUCACAUUUAAUCCUCCUCAAGACUUGAAAGAAAUUUCUCA